AGCAUCAAGCCUGCUAGCAGCGGUACACAUUAAACUUCCGGUUCCAUCGUCCAAAAUAAAAGCACGUGUCGAUAAAGCAGUGAAACCCAAGGCACUUUGUGGAAUCAUCUCAUCUUGUCUCUGAACGGGAACUUGAACCUGUUGAACUGACAGACGUGUGGAGGCGGGACGUCCACGUCCUGCUGAUGGCAGCAGGUGGCAGGAAGCAGAGAGGAGGCGACUGCAACACGAGACGUUCAGAGACGAGGACCGAAGCUGUGGACACAUCAGAGCAUGUGUGAGCGGUCAAAGAUCCACGUCUUCCUGGGGGCUCCUCCUCCCCCCUCUUCUGACCCGGCCUCUGUGUCUGAGGCUGGGGACGAGACUGAGGAUCGGCCCCCUGCUGGGUGGAGACACCUGGAGCUCACCUGGACAGACAGACGUCUGAGGCCUGUAACAGACGCAGCAGGAAGCAGCAGGGACGAUGUAGAUGAUCGAUUAACGCAGAGUUCACAAGUCCCAGAUGAUCAAACAAACGCUGAUCAGGACGAAGCCUCAACUGAAGCGGAUCGGACCAAAGAGGCAUCGGGAGGACGAGCACGAACAAGCUGCCACUUUAACACGGACCAGAAGAAACCGGGCUCCGAUGAUCACCAACCCGCAGCAAGAUUCAUGAGCCGAGAUGACGAAUCAGAUUUUGAAAAGGAAGAUCGAUGCUCGGCUUCAGUUCUUGAGUAUCUGGACGACUGUUUCCCUGCAGCUCAACCAGUUCCACGAGAGCCUGAACCUCCACAUCAAUGUACAUACCAGCCGGUGUGCACCAACACUCAGUACCUCAGCACCUGGACGCUGAGUCAGGCUAUAAUCCUGAGAGGCAGGCGGAGCAACCUAUCAGCAAGCAGCCCUGCUCCUCCAACCCCGCCAAAACACACCCAAAUGCCACCGUCCGUUUCCUCCAGCACACCGGAGCUCUUCAGCCCUGAGCCAUCGUCGCCUGGAGCCUCUGCUGAGCUCUUCAGUCAACUCUGCUCAUCCCCAAAAGUGGAGGAGGGGGGCGUCGUCCUCCAGGUCACAGCAGACUGCGUGCUCUGCUCCCAGGAGGCUGUGUCCCCUGUCAAGUCCCCCAGAUUCAAGAAAGCUCGACUCUCUGAAGACACUGGGACUGAGGCGACAUCGGGCCGCACCACAGCCGGGCACCAAGGUCCCACGACGCCUCUGGUCUGGUGUCACAAACCGGGGGUGCGGUACUCGGUCCUGGUGGCGGUGGUUCAUCCCUGCCACCUGAAGGAGGUCAAGGUGAAAUCGGGACCGUCGGCGGGUUCUUUCGUCCCUCUGGCGUCCAUCGUGGUGACCGACCAGUCAGGCAUUGAGAUGAAGGUGGUGCUGUGGCGCCGGGCGGCAUUCUGGGCUUUGACUGUGAGUCCUGGAGACGUUCUGCUCAUCACAGGGCUCCAGGUGAAUGAAGACAGGUGGAGAGGAGAGACGGUGCUGCAGUCCACCUUCUGCAGUAAGCUGCUCAACCUCGGACAGAUCACCGCCUCCGCCACGCCACCAGCUCUGCAGCUGGUUGAUGCUCGCUCUCUAAGCUCUCUGUGUGGAUACCUUCGAGAGCGCCGCCCUCUGCUGCUGUCUCUGCCUCACCCCGCCCCUCAGGACCUGACCCGUCUCCCUUACACUACCCUGAGGUCACUGAGGGUCAACACGCUGGUCCACGCCCUGCUGCGAGUCACACGCACACACAUCAGCUCAGAGUGGCGGAGUGAGGCGGAGUCUUGCUGGAGGUCAGCAGUUCAGUCAAAAGCUGUUCUGUCUGUGGAGCAGCCGGACGGCCACCAGGGGACGCUGCUGCUGUGGGGAGCAGCUGUGAGCUGGCUGCCUCGCUUCAACAGAGACAGAGCGGUUGUGUGGGAUUUCCACAUCCUCCUGGUGAGGGAGGGUUUGACCUCCGACCUCCCCGAGCUGCACUCCACCCCCUGGAGCUCCAUCCAGCCCCUGGACCCCACCGACCGGCGGGCGCAGCACUUCCUCACACCUCGAUGCAACCACAAAGGAAACAGCUGCAGUCUGGAGCUGGACCUCGAGACGCUGCUGUCUCAGAAAUACAGUGGUGACGUGGAGCUCAGAGUCCACGUCACCGCCUUCCACUUCCAGGAUGCUCCAUCCUCCCAGAAUGCACAUCAGCCGGUCCUGGACGGCUCCACGCCGCUGGACGUUGUCCUGGAGACCCUGAGUGGGGACGUCACCUACGCUGGCUGUGGUCGCUGCUCCGCCGAGCUCGGUACCGACACCAACGGCAUCUACAGCCCCUGUUACCCCUGCCUGCCCCACACGGCCGUACGCCGCUUUUACAGGCCAGGUGUGCUGGCUGUGAGUGGGCGGGGCUACAGCCAGGUGUGUGUUCAGGUUCCUCCUGUUCCUCUGGAGAAGAUCCUCAGUGCUCCACCUGAUAAACUGCACAGGAGCUCAGCUCCAGGCUCCCAGGUGAAGCACAUCCAGGUGGCAGCAGACCGGAUCCUCACCCUCGUCUCCCUCCCAAAGGAAAACUUCAUCAUCAGCGUCCGGAGCCACUUCCUGUGCGAUGAGAACAGCGUCCCCCUCCGUCAGGACUUUACUCUGCUGGACCUUCAGUUCCCCAGUUGACGGGCUAAUCACCGCAGCUGAUGGAGGGAGAAACCUGAAGGUGCUGCAGCUUUAUGUUGGGAACGAUUUUCUCUUUUUAAAUUUUCCAAAACCAAAUAUCCCAGAGUGUAAUGAAUGUGUUUUAAUGUAUAUGCUAAUGUUAGCAUGUCCAGCUAACCAACAUUUCUAUUUAAAUGUCUUUCAAAUAUAACAAAGAAACAAAUAUUGUUUGUUUUUCUUUUAUGAAAUGAAAAU